AUGUGGGUGCAGGGCACUAGGGCCCAAGGAGUUUGGAGCCAGGCCAUCCGUCCUCUGACUGGGGAGCUUGGGGGCGGCCCGCCCCAGGAACAGGCGGGCGGGCGGAGGGAGAGUCAGGCAGGCCUGUCUGCAGGGGCAGAGCCCUGGUUAUCCGCCCUCCCCGCCCAGGGGCCCUGCUCUGCCCAGCCCAGCCCGGGCCCCUGCGCCCCAAGGAGGCAGCCGCUGAUGGGGAGUAACAGCGUCUUGGAUUAUGUCUACUUUGAGAACUCUUCAAGUAACCCAUAUCUAAUCAGAAGGAUAGAAGAACUUAAUAAGACGGCAAAUGGCAACGUGGAAGCAAAAGUAGUAUGCUUUUAUAGGCGGCGAGAUAUUUCCAACAGUCUUAUAAUGCUUGCAGACAAGCAUGCUAAAGAGAUUGAAGAAGAAUCUGAAACGUCAAUAGAUGCUGAUUUGACAGAUAAACAGAAACAUCAGUUAAAACAUAGAGAACUAUUUUUGUCACGUCAAUAUGAAUCCCUUCCUGCAACACAUAUCAGGGGAAAAUGUAGUGUUGCACUUCUGAAUGAGACAGAAUCAGUUUUGUCAUAUCUUGAUAAAGAGGAUACCUUUUUCUAUUCAUUGGUUUAUGAUCCUUCAUUGAAAACACUUUUAGCAGACAAAGGUGAAAUAAGAGUAGGACCUAGAUAUCAAGCAGAUAUACCAGACAUGCUUGCAGAAGGAGAAGCAGAUGGCAGAGAACAAUCAAAGCUGGAGGUUAAAGUUUGGGACCCGAACAGCCCUCUUACUGAUCGACAGAUUGACCAAUUUUUAGUUGUAGCACGUUUGUCUGAAGAAGAGUUCCAUGCUAUGGACACAUUAUACAGACACAGCUAUGAUUUGAGCAGUGCAAUUAGUGUUCUGGUACCACUCGGAGGACCUGUUUUAUGUAGAGAUGAAAUGGAAGAAUGGUCUGCUUCUGAAGCCAGCCUAUUUGAAGAGGCUUUGGAAAAAUAUGGAAAAGACUUCAAUGAUAUACGUCAGGACUUUCUCCCAUGGAAGUCUUUGACUAGCAUCAUUGAAUAUUAUUACAUGUGGAAAACUACUGAUAGAUAUGUACAACAGAAACGCCUGAAAGCUGCAGAAGCUGAAAGCAAAUUGAAACAAGUCUAUAUUCCAACUUACAACAAACCAAAUCCCAACCAAAUAUCUGGCAGCAAUGGCAAACCCAACACUGUGAAUGGAGCUGUGGGAACCCCAUAUCAACCUCAGAAUGCACUGAUAGGACGGGCCUGUGAGAGCUGCUACACCACGCAGUCUCACCAAUGGUAUUCUUGGGGGCCACCGAACAUGCAGUGUAGAUUAUGUGCAACCUGUUGGCUGUAUUGGAAAAAAUAUGGUGGCCUGAAAAUGCCAACACAAACAGAAGAAGAGAAGCUGUCCCCCACCCCAACAACAGAGGAUCCCCGUGUUAGAGGUCACAUGUCACGUCAAGCCACACAGGGAAUGCCAGUCCGUAACACUGGAAGUCCAAAGUCAUCAGUGAAGACCCGCCAAGCUUUCUUCCUCCAUACUACAUGUUUGACCAAACUUGCUCGCCAGGUCUGCAAAAAUACCCUCCGGCUGCGGCAGGCAGCAAGACGACCCUUUGUCCCUAUUAAUUGUGCUGCCAUUAGGGCAGAAUAUGCAGACAGACACUCAGAAGUAUCUGGAAGUCCCCUAAAGAGCAAAAGCACUAGAAAACCUUUGGCAUGUAUCAUUGGUUAUUUAGAGAUCCAUCCUGCAAAGAAACCAAAUGUACUAAGAUCUACGCCAAGCCUGCAGAGCCCAUCUACUAAACGGAUGCUUGCCACCCCAAACCAUGCAUCUCUGAGCAUCCUGGGAAAGAGAAACUACAGCCAUCACAAUGGCCUGGAUGAACUCACAUGCUGUGUUUCAGACUGAGGUGUCCUCAUCCCAUCCUCCAAACCAAGACUCUCUUCACUGUCCCACUGAUGUUCACAGCUUUGGCUUAGGAAGAGGCACUUGUGCUCCUGGCACAUUCCAGCUUGAAACCCCCAUGACCUGAUCCCACACAGAGUCGAUGGCCCUCAGUGGGGAAAUUUGAGUUCAGAUCCCCAAAGCUACAUCUCCAUUUUGUGAAUCAAUAGCACCUCCCUUAGCCUCUCAAGAUACUAGCUGCCCAAGAGCAGGACCCAUUUGGGAAUGGAGGAGAUGAAAGUUUAUACUACCUUAACCUAGUCUCUCUGCAGCCCUCUAGCAUCACAGAAUUUACAGUUUUUCUCUUCCUCCUUUUGAGCACAUAAAUGGUCAGCUGUAUCUCCUAGAAUGAAGCAAGACCUGAGCCCUGCUGCCUUGGAGAGACAGUCACAUUUCAUGGAUCAACCCAACUGUGGUUUGUGAGGCUCUGUAAUUGUGUCUAAGAGGGGGUAUAACAUCUUUCUGAAAGAAUUCAUACGAAAUACGCUCAUAUAUAUACAUAUAUAUACAGCCUGCUGUGACAUCUUUUCUCCUUUUCCAGGCAUCACAGUCACAUAGCUUUGAUACCACCUUCACAUAACUUCCUCUUUGAUGCCAACCUCUUAGUUGUGUGGUUUGGGUUUUUUUUUGUUGUUGUUGUUUAGUUGGUUGGUUUUUUAAUGGAAAACUGUCUCUCCCCCUGGGCAGCAAGAUUCUCCAGAAUUAUCUGUCUCAAGAAGCAGAAAUUGCCUUUUGUGAUUCUGUGAAAGCCUCUUUCCUUGUCUUUUUAUUGUUGGAUAUAGCCUGAGGCCUUAAUGUUCACAUGUAGCUCUUAGAUGACCUUCACUCCCCUCCCUACCUUCUAGUGCUUAAACUUUGCUUCAAAUUUGUCAUAAAUGAUAUGACACAAAUUAUUUUCUUCCCUUUCUAAGGGGAUGUUCAUUCUUCUCCCUGAUGAUGAUCCAGGUGUUCUGAGCUCCUGUUUACCAAGUGAUCCCUGCAGUUUAUCCAAAGGACAGACCAAUAGAGGAUAAACUGGGGCUGGGUCUCCCCUUGAAUGGCUGAGACAAGCUGAGACUGACAUCUGUCCACCAAAGGACAACUUUGCCCUUUAGGUAGAUGGAAGGGGAGAGGAAGAGAGGGAGAGAGGCAGAGAGAGAGAGGCAGAAAGAGAGAGAGGUGCAGAGAAAGA